UUGCAUAGCUUGAAAGCAGCACCUACGCCAUGUUGAGUAUGGAAAUAGCAGAGAAGACUCAUGAACUGAGGCAGAUGAAAGGAGAAGAUCUUCAAGGAUUAGAUAUUGAACAACUAAAGCAGCUGGAGAACUCACUUCAAGGAGGUUUAAGCCGCGUUCUAGAAAUAAAAGGUGACAGGAUUGUUAAAGAAAUUGAAGCUCUCAGGAGAAAGGGAGCUGAACUGAUGCAGGAGAACUUGAACUUGAAAAAGCGAACAGAGAAUAAUCAUUUACGAGGCAAUACCUGCAAUGAGAGUUCUGAUACUUCCUUAAAGUUGGGGUUGCCCUUUCCUCACUAGAUGUGGAAGCAAAUGAAGAAUACUGAGAAUAAAUGGCCAUUUAUUCUAAACGGAGGAUCUGCCGAUGCCUUAGUAUCUAUAGCCGAAAACAAGUUUGCCUUUGUUUUUGAAUUUAUGUACUAAACUCAGUUAAUUUCUGCCGGUUUUGUUAUUAUUAGUAUCUAAACUGACAAUCGCUAGGUAAUCCAACUUCAGUAUUAUUAGAUUUAAAUAUUAAUGUUUGAAAAUUCAC